AAUGGUGAUGAUGUCAUUCUUUGAUGCUUAUUAUUGCAGAUCUGGACAAAUCAUGGCUGAACUCCCAACUGAGGAGCAAGAUGAAGCUGAAUUUAAGAUAGGACAGACUGAUGAAGGCCCAGAAAACGACGAAGAAAAUGAUUACUACCCCAUGGAGGCUGUUCCCCAAGGCCUUUGUUUACUUAUCGACAUUGCUCACUUUGAAAGGCAUAAGGGCAGGCUUGGUAGUGAUAAUGACGCUGCUAAGCUUCAGGAUUUGUUUGAAAACGUUCUCAACUUUAGAGUGGCAGUACUUAGAGAUCCAACUCUACAGGAACUCCACCAUAAACUAAUCCAGACCUAUCAAUUGGAUCAUUCGGCCUAUGAUGCAUUUUUUGUUAUAAUACUGAGUCACGGGGAUCAGGGAGAUCAGAUUUAUACGUCUGAUAGUCGGUUGAUUAAGAUCGGUGAGAUAUCUGAUUACUUUACAGCAAGCAUGUGUCCCUCACUAGCUAAUAAGCCAAAAUGCUUCAUCAUUCAAGCAUGUCGUGGCUUUCAACACAAUAGACCAAUCACAGUAUCCUCUAGCCCGAGAUCAAGUAUUACCGAAAGUCACUUUGAUGUCACACAGACGUCACAUGACAUGUCACACGAUGGCGGCGGGUUAUUGUCGAAUUUCGAAUCAUGUCAGAUUGUUCCUGAUAAGAAGGACUUUUAUUACGCUUUUGCGACAAUUGAGGAUCACGAAGCUUUGCGGCACUGUGAAGAGGGCAGCUGGUUUAUCAGUGAGUUCGUUAAAGCUGUAAAGUAUUUUGCUCGAAAGUACACAAUUGUAGACUUACAAGAGGUAAUGCUGAAAGUAACUGGAAAGGUAUCCAAGUACAGUCAUGAGGGAAGGAUGCAAGUAUGCCAAACUAAAGGGUCCAUUACAAGGAAGAUACUCCUCUCUGUUAAUGAAGCUAACUUGCCCACACCAAGCUCAAGUUCAUUCCACUCUCUUACAAGCUCAGAACUCAAUUUAGAUGUAGCAGUAAAACUGAGGGAAAAUAAACUCAAUAAAAGCAGACCCAGUAGUGCCGGGGAACUCGUCAUAGCUACUACCGGAUCCAGUCCUGCUUUAAACAGACAUAGCUAUCACUCGCCUUACAUGAGAAGACAAUCUUCUCCUCCUCUGCCUUUUUUAAGAGUACCAUCUGUUUUGGGUCUAAGACGCCAGUAUAGUGCUACUCCUCCUCAUCCGCUCUCAAGGUCUUCAUUAGCAUCAAGCAUAGCCUCAGAAACCAGCCUACCUCUUACUGAAUUAUCAAGUAUAUCUAAACCCGGUUAUUGUAUAGUGUUGAAUAGCGGCAAGAGCGAUGAUAAGAAAAUGGCAGCUAUAAGAAAAGUGUUCUCGGACCAGCUUCAAUUCCACGUACAAGUAUACAAUUUUAUAACACCAAAGGGGAUAAAGCACCUUUUGAGAACAGUAGCCAAGAUUGAUCAUUGUGACCUCAACUGUUUAGUGGUUAUUGUCCCAGGCCCGACGAUACCAAGCAAUCUUCAACUUCACAAAAUACUGAGUCCUUUUGCGGCACACCGAUCCACUAUUCCUAAAUUGUUUUUUAUCGAAACAAAGCUAAACAAUGAUGAUCGUGAUUACUUUUACAACGCUUUUAGCCCAGUCGAGGUCCCUCUCUCCUAUAUUUACACUGCUAAUGCUGUAGAGGACAUUAAAAACACUUUCUUGGAGUGCCUUUUACAAGUUAUAACUGCUACGACUGACAGAAUAGUUUUUCAAGAUGUGAUGAGAAGCACGCAGAAAAUUUUUAAAAAUAGAGAGAGCAGUACCAGCUGUAGGAUUACUAGUAUUGAUAAGCUUGAAGAUCAAUUGAUUCUAAGACCAGCAAAAAGCCAGACUGAAGGUGAAGGCAAGGAUGUCAUGGGCAACAAACACAAGUAUUCAGAGCUGUUGCUAGCUGUUAGGCUGUUAGAGCCAUUACGAAACACAACCAUCAAUAAACUUCAGCGUAAGAAGAUUAACAUACUGCGCAUCUGUAGACAAAAAAUACCUCGAGGUAAAGCAGAAUCUAAAGCGUUAUCAGAUGACAAUCUUGAAGGAACUCAGGCAACUCUAGAGGUGGAUAAGCAAUUAACACAGCAGGUCAACAGUCUAAUUGGAGGAUGUAGUUCAAUAGCACGAAUGGGUUCCUUGCUCUUACCUAUUGAAUUAUCAGAGUUGAUAUCAAACUGUACGAAAUGGUACAAGACGUCAGAGGAUAAGAUGGUGACAGAGUUUGACAGGAAUUUAGACUCUUUAAAAGACCAGUGCUUGAUCAUGAAGGAGAUAGUACGAUUUAUUACUGAAAGAGGAAUGGAAGAACAGUAAAAGCAAUAUCAAACAGACUUUGAUGAGUUGCUUUUGCAAACAUGAACAUAACUCAGUUGCAAAGCCUGAAACAGAAAAAGAUGCAUGUUCAAGAAUUACAAACAGCCAAAGGGGGUCUAAGACAUGAAAAUUAGUAAAGUGCUGUGUCUAUUUGUUAUUAUUCCUAAUUGUUAUUAAAUUGAUUUUCACUGCAUGACAUCCUGAGAUUAACUGCA